UUUUUCUCUUUGUUAAUUCAAAGUUUGGACAUUCAUUUGCAGACUGGGACUUAUUGGAUUUACAUGUACCCAAAAGGCCUAACGGACCUCCUUCUGAUCAUGAAGGAGAAAUACGGAAACCCACCCAUCUUCAUCACUGAGAACGGAAUCGCUGACGUGGACGGCGACGAAACCAUGCCAGAUCCGUUGGAUGACUGGAAAAGGCUAGACUACCUCCAGCGCCACAUCUCAGCAGUCAAGGACGCAAUAGACCAAGGCGCAGACGUACGGGGCCACUUCACCUGGGGUUUGAUUGACAACUUCGAGUGGGGCAGCGGCUACAGCUCACGUUUCGGCCUCGUCUACAUUGACAAAAAUGACGGCUUCAAGCGCAAGCUCAAGAAGUCAGCCAAGUGGUUCGCCAAGUUCAACGCCGUCCCAAAACACUUGCUUGGUACUACCAAGCCAACUGGGCAAGCUCCCGUGUGACGGAGAAGCAAUGUUAUGUUCAAAUAAAUAAUCCAAUGCUCAAUGCAUGGUAUGCAGUUUGAAGAAUAAGUAAUCCAAUGGAUGCAAUAAAAUGAAGGAAUGUGGCCAUUUACUACCAGUGAUGUUGAAUUAGUAGCAUUGACUCCAGAGGGUGUAGCUCUUCAACAUCCCGCUCUGGCUUCUGGUUUGUUUUCUUUAUGUUGGGCUUACCUGUGUUGCAGCCCAGCCCAAAUUAUUUCCUUUUUGCUUGGUGAACCUUCGUAUUCGAUAACUAUGUAUUUGUGGAACUCGCCGACUUAUCUAUAAAGUGGGGCUUCAUGCCUGUUUU